AUGGCUUCCUCACUCUUUUCUCUUCUCUUCUUCAUCUUCUCUCUACAACUCCUCUCUCUUUCUCCCACCCUUUCCACAUCCCGCCACCUCCUCCAUGAUCAUCCCACCCACCACCCUCAACCACCGUCCUUCACCGUGCCUCUCAAACACGUCGAUUCCGGCAAAAACCUCACAAAGUUUCAGCGUUUACAACGUGGUGUAAUGAGGGGUAACCUCCGGUUAGAAAGACUUAUCAAUAACAUGAUGGCGAGUUUAUCUGUUGAUUCGAGUUCCAAAGUAACAUCACCGGUUCACGCUGGAAACGGAGAGUUCUUGAUGAAUCUGGCUAUCGGAACUCCACCGGAAACUUAUUCCGCCAUCAUGGAUACUGGUAGCGAUCUUAUUUGGACCCAAUGCAAACCAUGCACCAAAUGUUUUGAUGCUCCAACGCCCGUUUUUGAUCCGGAAAAGUCAUCGUCUUUCUCAAAAGUUUCGUGUACGAAUAGUUUAUGUAAGGCUUUGCCCACUUCGGAAUGUGCAGCAGAUGGGUGCGAGUAUUUGUAUUCUUAUGGAGAUUACUCAUCGAGCCAAGGGAUUUUGGCGAAAGAAACGUUUACGUUUGAUAAGGUGACGGUGCCGGAAUUAGGGUUUGGUUGUGGGGAAGAUAAUGAAGGCAGUGGGUUCGAUCAAGGUGGUGGGUUAGUAGGGUUAGGAAGGGGGCCAUUGUCGUUGGUUUCACAGCUCAAAAAAUCGAAAUUUUCUUAUUGCUUGACCUCUAUUGAUGAUGAUGAUCCAUCAUCUGGAAACCCUACCAGUACUCUUGUAAUGGGGUCUUUAGUGAGCCAAAUUUCAAAUGAUAGUGUUCUAACCACGCCAUUACUCAAAAACCCAUCACAACCAUCGUUUUAUUACCUUUCACUCCAAGGGAUUUCCGUCGGAAAAGUUGAUUUGCCGAUCAAGAAAUCAACUUUUGCGAUCAAUGCAGAUGGGAGUGGCGGACUGAUCAUCGAUUCCGGUACCACCAUCACGUAUCUUGAAGAAUCGGCUUUCGAAUUGGUGAAGAAGGAGUUUGUUUCUCAAACGAAACUGAAGGUGGAUAACUCGGAUUCAACUGGUCUGGAUUUGUGUUUUGAGUUGCCGGAAAAUGAUGGGUCUGGAGAGAUGAAGAUCGAGAUUCCGAAGCUGGUUUUUCAUUUCGAAGAUGCGAAGUUGGAUCUGCCGGGGGAAAACUACAUGAUCGGAGAUUUGAAUGCGGGAGUGGUGUGUUUGGCGAUGGGAAGUUCGAGUGGGAUAUCGAUAUUUGGGAAUAUACAGCAGCAGAAUAUGAUGGUGGUUCAUGAUCUUGACAAGGAGACGUUGUCGUUUAUUCCAACUAAAUGUGAUCAGUUAUAAUCUUCUAUUUUCAAGAUUUGUAUGUAAUUGUUUUGUUUUGUUUUUUUGGUUUUUAAGAAAACCAAAAUCAGUUUACAGAAUAUCGUCUGGUACCAUGAAUAUCAUGAA